UAUGUCAUUGGAUCAGAUAACAUUCACCCCUGCAAUACCGCUAUCAAUUACACCACCAUGGCUAUUUCCCUCAGUGUCAGUUGAUCUUUAUUUUUUAGACAAAGCCCAAACAUUUAAAGACAAUAAUAACGUGGCAGGAAUGGUGGAGGAUAGACUGGAGACAACAUACUUAUCAUUUAUUCCAGCAUUUACAGAUGGAUCAAAAGACCCUGAUACAGGGAGGACUGGGUUUGCAGUCACCAUACCAUCCCUAAGAUAUGAAGUUAAAAAGAGAACCUCAGAGCAUCUGUCUGUGUAUACAGUGGAGACGUUGGCCAUCUUAACAGCACUGCAGUGGGUAGAGGAGGUUCGGGUCGAAAAAGUCAUUGUCUGUUCAGACUCUAGUUCAACACUAUCCUCAUUACAAUCAUUCACGUCACAUAGCAGGCAGGAUUUAAUUAAUGAAAUAUAUGAAACACUGUUCCGUCUAAAGAAUAUGGGUAUUGUCAUAGCAUUUAUGUGGGUACCAGCACACAGGGGGGUGCAAGGAAACGAAAGAGCAGAUACAUUAGCAAAACAAGCGUUAGAAAGGCAGCACAAGAUGGACAUUUUACACAGCAAAGCAGAAGUUAAAACAAUUAUCAAAAGAAACAUUAUUAAGGAAUGGCAGCAUAGUUGGGAUGUAGGGGAAACAGGAAGACAUCUGUAUGCUGUGCAGAGGGAAGUUGGCAAAGGGAGGCCAGCUAGAAGAACACAGAGGAACCAGACUGAGGAUCGGGCACACAAGGCUGAACAAAACAAUGCAUCUCGUAAAUAAACAGCCAACAGGACGAUGUGAGCGCUGUCAAGGACCAGAAUCUGUAGAACAUAUAAUUUGUCAUUGUCAGAAAUACACACUUGAGCGACACAUGUUGAAGAGGAAGCUGGGAGUGGAGGAACUAAAUCUAACAGAUGCGUUAAAUUUGGGGGCAGGACAGGUAUUACAAUAUGUGAAAGAAAAAGGAUUAAGUAAUAGAAUUUAAAGCACUGACAUUUUUGAAUCUCCCUUUUGUUUUGUUUGUUUUAUUGCUUUUGUUUUGUGGGUAUAUAUAUAUAUAUUUUUUUUGAGUUUGGUUUUGUUUGUUUGGUUUUGUAAGGGGAUAGGGUCUCUGGUCCACACUCCACUACAGCAGGUGGCGGAAAUGCACCGUUCACUGGAUGCCAUCCGCCUAAAAACUUAAAAAGAAGAAGAAGGAAGCGCGUCGACAUCCGCUUCACGAAACAUCUUCCUGGCGCCUCGUGUGGAAGCCUCGAGACAAAGGACACGUCGCUGCCCACCAGAGCCCGGAUGUGCGGACACACGUGUUGAAGUGGACUUUGUAGAAAGUGUAACCUCAGACUCACGAAGCUCGCGUCGCGUGGCAACAGGAAGGAGACGGAGACGGAACUCGGCCACACGGCGCGAGUCGCAGCGACUCUCUGGAGACUAAACGGCGCGUCUCAUCGCCCACGAUGCCCACGUGACCCUGUGCGAGCGACUCUGUGUUGUUCCGCUUCAUCGGAAACGUCCGGAUUGUGUCCUCGUGUCCUGCGGAGCUCAUGACGUCAUCGUGCCAGCAGGAGAUACACGGACCCGAGCGACACCGAGCGGAGCCGAGUGAGCGGAGCGUUUUUAACGGAGCUGUCUGGAGGAAACGUUUCUGAGCUCGUGAACAUGUCUAAAGCCCAAAUGCUGAGAGGUUUAGUCAACCAGCGACUCACUGCGGCUGCGCAGGAGAUCUGCGGGCUGUUUGAAGGAACGAUCGCAGAGUACGAGGAGGAACUGUGUAGUUUAAAAGAGGAGAACGAGCGGCACCGGAAGCUGCUGCACGCCGUGUUCAACCCGGAAGUCCGGUUGCAACGAGCAGACGUCCAGCAGCUGUUGGUGGUUAAAGAAGAGGUUCCUUCUGAGCAGCAGGUCUGGAGCUCCAGUCUGGACCAGGUGCAUCCAGAGCCCCCGCUAGUUAAAGAGGAACAGGAGGACCAGGAGAACUCAGAGCCCCCCCACAUUAAAGAGGAACAUGAGGAACUCUGGACCAGUCAGGAGGGAGAGCAGCUUCAAGGGCUGGAGGAGGCUGGUCUCAAGUUCUCAUUCACUCCUGUGAAGAGUGAAGCUGAAGAGGAAGCUCAGUCCUCUCAGCUUCAUCAAAGACAAACUGAACAGAUGGAAAUAGAAGCUAAUGGAUAUGAUUGUGGAGGACCAGAACCAGCCAGGAACACAGAUCCAGAUAGACCUCCAGAUCCUGACGAGGAGACUGGAGACUCUUCUGAACCAGAUACUGAUGGCUCUGUUGAUUGGAAGAAGACCAGAGAACCUCAAUCAGGUUUAAACUCGUUGAAUAAUGAUGAAGUUUCUGUCAGUGAUUCAAAAUGUAGUUCUAGUGAAAAACCAUUUGGAAAUUUUAAGAAACACAUGCUAACUCACACAAGAGAGAAACCUUUCAGCUGCUCAGUCUGUAAAAGAUCUUUUCCACGGAGCGGUCAUUUAAAGACUCACAUGUUAACUCACACAGGAGAGAAACCUUUCAGCUGCUCAGUCUGUAAAACAUGUUUUGCACACAGGAUAACUUUAAAGAGUCACAUGUUCAUUCACACAGGAGAGAAACCUUUCAGAUGCUCAGUCUGUAAAAGAUCUUUUCCACGGAGCGGUCAUUUAAAGACUCACAUGUUAACUCACACAGGAGAGAAACCUUUCAGCUGCUCAGUCUGUAAAACAUGUUUUGCACACAGUGGAACUUUAAAGAGUCACAUGUUAACUCACACAGGAGAGAAACCUUUCAGCUGCUCAGUCUGUAAAACAUGUUUUGCACACAGUGGAACUUUAAAGAGUCACAUGUUAACUCACACAGGAGAGAAACCUUUCAGCUGCUCACUCUGUAAAAGAUGUUUUAAAGACAGAGGAACUGUAAAGAGUCACAUGUUAACUCACACAGGAGAGAAACCUUUCAGCUGCUCAGUCUGUAAAAGAUUUUUUACACUGAGCAGUCAUUUAAAGAGACACAUGUUAACUCACACAGGAGAGAAACCUUUCAGCUGCUCACUCUGUAAAACAUCUUUUGCACGGAGUGAAACUUUAAAGAGUCACAUGUUAGCUCACACAAGAGAGAACUCAUUUUAGUUGUUUUGGUAAAGUUGACAUUUAUUCGACUCCCUCACUUGUCAACAAGACCUUGAGAAACUGGACCUCCCUCGUUUGGGGCAGUGACUCACUUCCAACUGGGAGGACUCUAUCCACUAACCACUACGAAGCCAUCUUCACGAAGAGAAUAUCAUCUGGGUAGAGUAGUCACCGAGUUUGUUUUGUUUAGCAUUAUUUGCUCUGUUAUUUGUCAUCAUGUAUUUUAUGAACCAC